CAGAGGGCGGCGGCGGCGCCUCGGAGCCGAACUGGGCAGAAAGACAGACCCACGAGGUCAAACAUGCGGAGUGCAGCCAAGCCCUGGAAUCCAGUCAUCAAAGCGGGAAGCCAUGGACCAGACCGGGCGAGGCCCCUCCCUGUGGCCUCUUCUGGCAUGAAGACUUCUAAAUCUUCAACCUCGUUGGCUUUUGAGUCCCGACUCAGCAGGCUCAAGAGGGCCAGCAGUGAGGACAUGCUCAACAAACCAGGAAAUACCACCACAUCAGGGGUGGUGCGACUAAAGAAGACUGCGACAUCCGGAGCCAUUUCUGAACUUGCAGAGAGCCGCCUGAGGAGCAGUGCAGGGGCCGUUACAGCAACCAAACGGACAGGCAUUCCAGCUCCACGGGAAUUUUCAGUAACAGUCUCAAGAGAGAGAUCUGUGCCCCGUGGUCCCUCCAACCCUAGGAAAUCAGUGUCCAGCCCAACUUCUUCCAGCAAUCCCACCCCUACCAAGCAUCUAAGGACCACUUCCACAAAACCCAAGCAAGAGAAUGAAGGUGGAGAAAAGGCAGUGCUCGAGUCCCAAGUUCGGGAACUUUUGGCGGAAGCUAAAGCAAAAGAUAGUGAAAUUAACAGGCUUCGAAGUGAACUAAAGAAAUGCAAAGACAAAAGGACUCUGAUCACCGAAGGGACUGAUGCUUUGGGCCCAAAUGUAGAUGGAGCAUCAGUCUCACCAGGUGACACAGAACCUUUGAUAAGAGCUCUUGAGGAGAAGAACAAGAGCUUUCAGAAAGAGCUUGCUCAUCUGGAGGAAGAAAACCAGGCCUUGAAGGAGAAACUGACCUAUCUUGAACAAUCCCCAAAUUCAGAAGGGGCAGCAAGUCACACUGGCGAGAGCAGCUGCCCAACAUCUAUCACUCAAGAGUCAAGCUUUGGAAGCCCAACUGGAAAUCAGUUGUCGAGUGAGAUUGAUGAAUAUAAAAAAAACAUACACGGAAAUGCUUUAAGGACGUCAGGUUCCUCAAGUAGCGAUGUUACCAAAGCUUCUUUGUCACCAGAUGCCUCUGAUUUUGAGCACAUUACAGCAGAUCCCCCCUCGAGGACUCUGUCCUCCACAAGCAACCCCUUUAAGAGUUCAAAGUGUUCUACCACUGGGAGUUCCCCAAACAAUGUGAGUGAAUUGUCCCUGGCUUCCCUCACAGAGAAGAUACAAAAGAUGGAAGAAAAUCACCAUAGCACCGCAGAAGAACUGCAGGCUACUCUACAAGAAUUAUCAGACCAGCAACAAAUGGUACAAGAAUUGACAGCUGAGAAUGAGAAGCUGGUGGAUGAGAAGACAAUUUUAGAGACAUCUUUUCAUCAGCAUCGAGAGAGGGCAGAGCAGCUAAGUCAAGAAAAUGAAAAGCUGAUCAAUCUUUUGCAAGAGCGUGUAAAGAAUGAAGAGCCCACCACUCAAGAAGGAAAAAUCCUUGAACUGGAGCAGAAGUGCACAGAUAUUCUUGAACAGGGCCGCUUCGAAAGAGAGAAGCUGCUCAACAUUCAACAGCAGUUGACCUGUAGUUUACGGAAGGUUGAAGAAGAAAACCAAGGUACUUUAGAAAUGAUUAAACGUCUGAAAGAAGAAAAUGAAAAACUGAAUGGGUUUCUAGAACUGGAACGGCGUAAUAAUAGCAUGAUAGCCCAAACUUUGGAAGAAUGUAGAGUUACCUUGGAAGAAUUGAAGAUGGAGAAUGGGUCUUUGAAGGCUCAUUUGGAGAGUGAGAAGCAAAAAGCUAUAGAAAGUAAUACCGUGGGACAGACAGCAGAGAACUGUGAGGUUCAAGAAAUGCUGAAAGUAGCUCGGGCUGAGAAAGAUCAACUGGAACUAUCUUGCACCGAGCUCAGACAAGAAUUACUGAAAGCAAAUGGCGAAAUUAAACAUGUUUCAAGCCUACUAGCCAAGGUGGAAAAGGAUUAUUCUUACUUGAAGGAGAUAUGUGAUCAUCAAGCAGAACAGCUGAGCAGAACCAGCCUAAAGCUGCAAGAAAAAGCAUCAGAGAGUGAUGCAGAGAUAAAAGACAUGAAAGAAACCAUAUUUGAAUUGGAAGAUCAGGUGGAACAGCACCGGGCUGUCAAGUUACACAAUAAUCAACUCAUCAGUGAGCUAGAAAGUAACGUGAUGAAGCUGGAAGAACAGAAGUCAGACCUGGAGAGGCAGUUAAAGACUCUGACCAAGCAGAUAAAGGAGGAAACUGAGGAAUGGAGGCGGUUCCAAGCAGACCUGCAGACUGCAGUGGUGGUGGCCAAUGACAUCAAAUGCGAGGCCCAGCAGGAGCUGCGCACUGUGAAGAGGAGGCUGCUGGAGGAAGAGGAGAAGAACGCCCGGCUGCAGAAGGAGCUGGGGGAUAUGCAGGGCCACGGCAGGUUGGUCACGAGCAGAGCCACCCCUCCACCUGUGGAUGCAGAGCCAGAAUCCUCCGAGGUUGAUGCUCCCGGUCGGUGGCAUAGCGUCUAUGUCAACAGAACAUCUCCAACACCUUCAGAAUCUGCAACCACCGUUAAGUCACUUAUCAAGUCAUUUGACUUGGGACGUCCAGGUGGAACUGGACAGAAUAUUUCUGUCCAUAAGACACCCAGAAGUCCCCUAAGUGGAAUACCAGUGAGGACUGCACCAGCAGCUGCUGUCUCUCCAAUGCAGAGGCAUUCGACGUACAGCAGUGUACGGCCAUCCAGCAAAGGAAUGACUCAACGCUUAGAUCUUCCUGACCUUCCCCUUUCAGAUCUUCUCAAGGGAAGGGCUGAGAACCUGAAGCCGGACCCUUACCUCCGCAAGAGUCCUUCACUUGAGUCACUGAGCAGGCCCCCCUCUCUGGGCUUCGGGAACACAAGACUACUGAGUGCAUCCACUGGAGGGUUGAAACCACAAAGCAAACUCAGUGUGGAAAGAAGAGACCCUCUGGCGGCCUUGGCCCGGGAAUAUGGUGGGUCCAAGCGCAAUGCUCUACUGAAAUGGUGCCAGAAGAAGACAGAAGGUUAUGCGAACAUUGACAUCACCAAUUUUAGCAGCAGCUGGAGUGAUGGCUUGGCCUUCUGUGCUCUGCUCCAUACCUACCUGCCUGCCCACAUCCCGUACCAGGAGCUGAACAGUCAAGAGAAAAAGAGGAAUCUCUUGUUGGCAUUUGAAGCAGCUGAAAGUGUAGGCAUCAAACCCAGCCUGGAGCUCAGUGAGAUGCUAUACACAGACCGGCCCGAUUGGCAGAGCGUGAUGCAAUACGUGGCCCAAAUUUACAAAUACUUUGAGACGUAACCCCAGUGGACCUGAGAGCAGCUGCCACCACCGCCCUCUACGGUUUGUCCUGGAAGCGCCUGGUCACUGUCCACCAACAGUGCUGUGCCCAGCAUCCAGCCGUCUGAAUUUCAAAGGAAGGCUCAAUCCAAGUGGACUAACACAAAUAAGAAACAGAGCGAGUCCCACCAUGUACUUCUCUCAAACGCAAAUGCACUUGGCAUGUAAAUUGGGGGUGCUUUUCUCU